GCCACACGAACACAGACUCCCUCACACAGACGACAAAACAGGCACGCUGUUGGUCGAAUGCUUUACAGCAGCAGCAGCAGUAGCAGCAGUUGUUGUUGUUUCUGCCGCCACCUUCGCCUUUUCGCUUUACGACAAAUCGGGGUAUGUUUGUAUCGGGGAUUCGAUGCCGGUCACUUCAGCAAGUCGUACUAGAGCAACGAUAACGCGCGAAUAUGCCUCGACAGAAGAUAGAUCUCGAGGCGAAGUGGUCCAAUAGAAAUCGUAGCGAAUUAUACCGUGUGACCGGCUGAAUCGAACCGGGGCACCGGCUAGCCGGAACUACACUACGAUUCCCUUUUGUUAUUAUGGCAGUGUUACUAGCUACUACUGUCGGCAGAAUAUAGCAAUUAAUGGCUGCCGCUAGAAGCUUCCUUCUUCUACUGCCGCUACUGAAACACUCAGCAAAAAGCGAUGCCUACAGUACUGGUGCUGCCACUGGCCGACUGAUAGCGACAACAGCUACGGCGCCAGGUACCACCACAAACAACAACAACAACCUUCGCCUGAGUAUCAACAACAAGCAAUUGCUACCGUCACUCACGCGCAGCCAAACGAAAACAGCGGUAGCAGACGCCACCAGUGAAUAACAACAGCGGGGCGGUGCUACUGUUCUGCUGCUGCCAGCCAGCCGAAAUCGAAGAGCAGAAACCCACGUGGGACGCUGAUACCCACCAACUUAGCAGGAGUAAGUGUACGGUGCGUGCGAGUAAAACGAUUGAAACAGCUGUUUUACACUCUACAGCAUGGGCGUCAGGCAACGUUCACUGCGAUACUUCGGCCAAAAAUUGCGCCUUGCUGAAAAGCUACAGGAACAGGCACGCCAGCAAAAUUUUUCAUCCAGGUCUAUUUUAGGAUGCAUAACAACGACAGCUAAUAAUGUCUACUUCCGACCAGUAAGGAAAAUGGAAACCGCAGAACGUCUAGGCAUACGGGCGGAACGUUUGUGUAUAAAGGCUGAACCUGCUGAAGUGUGUUUAAAAGAUAUUGCUAAUGACCUAUUUAACCAGAAAAACCAGCGAAGGGUGUACGCCGAGAUCAUUCCCAAUCAGAAGAUAGCGAUAGACUUCAGUUCGCCAAAUAUUGCUAAGCCAUUUCACGUGGGCCAUCUCAGCUCGACGAUAAUAGGGAAUUUUAUCUGCAAUUUGAAGCGAGAUAUUGGCGACGAAGUAGUUGGAAUCAAUUAUCUCGGUGAUUGGGGAACACAGUUUGGGCUGCUAAGUGCUGGUUUCCAGCAAUUUGGUGAUGCGAAACGCUUAAAAGAAGAGCCACUUAAACACCUUUUUGAAGUGUAUGUUAAAAGUAAUCAACUUGCAGAGAAAGAUAAGGAAUUCCGCCAGAAAGCACUCGAUGAUUUUGCUAAACUUGAAAUGGGCGAUAAGGAGCUGAGGAAAAUGUGGUUUGAUUUUCGCCACAUCAGUCUUAAAGAGUAUUUUAAAAUAUACUCCAAACUUGGGGUAAAAUUUGACUUGAUACAAGGCGAAUCAUCAUUCCACAUCGAUUCUCAGGAAUUGAUCAGCACGUUAAGAAAACAGAGGUUUCUCGAGGAAAAUAGAGACCUUCAAGGGCUGUACCUGUCCGAAGACACAUUCGUGCCCCUCAUGAAGUCUAAUGGUUCCUCGCUUUAUAUGACACGAGAUAUUUGCGCAGCAAUUUCGCGCCACAAGCAACUGAACGUAAACACUCUGUAUUAUGUGGUCGACAACGCACAAGCUAAGCACUUCUCAGAUCUGCAAAAAUGUCUUGAUAAGAUAAUGAAAGGAUCUAUUCGUAUUGUACAUGUCAAAUUCGGUCGCAUCAAGGGACUAAGCACCCGUGAUGGCCAGGUCGUGCUUCUGGAUGACCUUAUAGAAGAAGCACAGCUUAGAGCUCUUAAAGGAAUGCAGGAAGCGAAUACUACACGGGUCAGUCCUGAGGAAUAUGACAAAAUAUCUCUUGAUCUUGCGUUGACUGCUCUCUACGUGAAUAUGUUGAAAACGCGACGGCAGAAAAACGAGACCUUCGACUGGGAGAAGUGCUUCUCUCUUAAAGGCGACUCUGGCAUUUCGUUGCAAUAUUGUCAUGCCCGUUUGUGCUCAAUUCGUGAAGCGAAUGAGAUUGAACCCAAUUACCACGAGGAGGUCCUCGAUGAAUUUCUACAGGACAGCCACGUCUGUGAGGCAUUGAUUUUGCUUAGCCAGAUGGAGGAAUGUCUGUUGCGAUCCGACGCUACUUUAGAGUCGAGUGAACUUGUGCAGUAUUUGUUCAAGCUCGGGCACGCGAUCAACAAGGCAGUAAAGACAGCCCGAGUAGCGAACGAAAAAAAUUUUAAGUUGGCUGAAACAAGACUGAUGCUGUUUGAUCGACUUAAGGAAAGUCUGGCACAUGGUCUCAAGCUCAUUGGGGCUCGCCCGCUGACGAAGAUGUAGCAUUCCGUUAUUCUGCAACUAUUCACAGGAUAUAAUUGGUGCCUAUACUGACGUAUCUUAUACCAAAGGACGACUUGUAGAUUUUUAGAUGGGAAAUAUGAAAAAUGUUGCGAAACAGUUCAGUAAAAGAAUCGAAGCACGUAGACGUUUUAUACCCAUAUAAGCAACCGAACUAAAAUACUGAAGGCGAACAAACAGUUCAUAAACAUUGUAAAUACUGAAUAAAUUUCAUGGAAAAUUUAGUUAAGCAUUUCCGGGUCAAUUAUUA